CCACCUGGCCCCGGAUCAGACCCUGGCCCUUUAAGGGCUCCAGAGCUUUAUAGGGUCCACCUGCAGGGGCUCGGGCAGUUGCUAGCAGCCCCAGCAGGAGAUGGAAGAUGGAAGAGGUCAUUGCGGGGCUGGAGCGGUUCACCUUCACCUUGGAGAAGGACGUAGAGAUGCAAAAGGGCAUUGAACCCCUGCCUUUCCAGGGCAUGGACAAGUCGAGCUCAGCUGUGUGCAACUUCUACGCUAAGGGGCUCUGUGAGAAAGGGAGGCUGUGCCCGUUCCGGCACGACCACGGGGAGAAGACGGUGGUGUGCAAGCACUGGCUCCGCGGGCUGUGCAAGAAGGGCGACCAGUGCCGGUUCCUGCACCAGUACGACCUCUCCAGGAUGCCCGAGUGCUACUUCUUCUCCAAGUUCGGUGAGUGCAGCAACAAGGAAUGCUACUUUCUUCACAUGAAGACAGCUUCCGAGGCCCAGGCCUGUCCUUCGUACGACCAGGGUUUCUGCAAAGAAGGUCCCCUGUGUAAAUACCGCCACGUCAAGAGGGUCAUGUGCACGAACUACUUAGUUGGCUUCUGCCCGCUGGGACCCGAGUGCCAGUACGCACACCCCAAGAUGGUCCCUUUAUUCAACCCAACGCCCCGAGCAGUGAGAAUGGUAAAUAAAGGCAUUUCAAAGCCUGGCUUCUGCCUGAAGGCCUGGCCGGGGCCGCACCCUCAGUGAGAAGGGGCUGCGUCCGCACAGAGGAAUGUCUGCAGGAGCUCUUUGCACCGUACUCUCCCGCGUCCCCUGUAUCUGCAGCUCACCUGGCCAUGGGGCUCAGCACCUCCUGCUUCUAUCCGGCCACCUCGAAAGCCCCCUUUCCCAAUGGGGUGCCUGCUUCUCCCCCUUCCGAUGGUGCCUCAGGAGCAGCUGCUCUCCUACUGCCUGGGUGCCAGGGCGCAGGAGCAGGGCCCUUCAGCAGGAUGCGGGGGAGGGGGCGGGGGUUUCAGGUUGUUUUCUGUCCAGGGCUGAGGGCGGGGUGAUUAGCUGCACAAGUGUGAGUCCUCUCCUGCCAGAUAAGAAAGCCGCACCAGGGCUUGGGAGUGGGAGUGAAGGGAGGGGGACAAUGGUACCCCAAAUGUAUGACAGGGGCGUGACAACUGCCUAAUCUUAUUCUU